AUGGAGGUCCGAUUGCUGAGCUCUACCACCGUCGACGGCGGCGGGCCCUCCGCCACCCCGCUCAGCGCCUUCGACAAGGUCGCCGCCGACAUGCACGUAGCCGUGCUCUUCGCCUUCGCCGCCCCUACGGCGACGAACGCGCAGAUCAAGGACGGCCUCGCGAAGACGCUGGCGCACUUCUACACCUUCGCCGGGCGGCUUGGGACCGACGAGCUCCGCCGCCCGUGUAUCCUCGCCGGCGGCGCCGGCAACGGGGCUCUGCUGGUGGAGGCGGCGGUGGAGUCGGAGCUGGCGGAGCAAAUCCCGCUGAAGCCCUCGCCAGAACUUCAGAAGUUGCACCGACAGACGGAGGGAGCUGUCCACGCGCUCCAAGUCCAGCUGAACCGCUUCCGCUGCGGCGGGCUGGUGAUCGGAGUGACGUGCCACCACCGAGUCGCCGACGGGCAGUCCAUGAGCACUUUCUACGCCGCUUGGGGACGAGCAGUGAGGGGACUCGCCGUCCACCCUCUCCCUGUUUACGACUGCCGGCGGUGGCUGCAACCUCGCCGCCUUCCCAGAAGCGAGUUCAUACCCCCGGGACAGGCCCAGAAGGACGGUUCUCUUCCACCGCCGCCGGCCGGUGACGAGGACGUCCACAACUUGUCCCUCCACUACUCCGGCGAAUUUAUAGCGAAGGCCCUGAAAGAACAGACGAUGGAGAAGUACACCACAUUCGAGAUCCUGUUAGCCCACCUGUGGAGGAAGAUAACAAUGGCCAGGGGACUCAACGGGGAGGAGUUCACCCAAGUAAGGGUCGCGGUCGACGGCAGGCGGCGGUUGACUCCGCCGGUGCCGGCGGAGUUCACCGGGAACAUGGUCCUCAACGCUUACCCCCGGGCCGGAGCGAAGGAGCUGCUGGGAGGGGGCCUCGAGGGGGCGGCGGCGCUGAUCCGGGCCGCCGUUCGCCGGACGGGGGAGGAGUACUUCCGGUCCUUCGUGGACUUCUGGGAGAUUCAUAAGGAGCAGGAACUUCUCAACGACUGGAAGGAGAUGGUGCUGUACCCAGAUCUGGAGGUCAACAGCUGGCUAGGCUUCCGCUUUAGUGACAUGGAGUUCGGCGGCGGCGAGGGUGGCGUGUGCGCGUUCGCGCCGUCGUGGAUACCCGCAGAAGGCGUCAUCGUAUUCAUUCCCCUCAGGGAGGGAGACGGUGGGGUUGACGUCGUCGUCACCCUGUUCGAAUCCCACGCAAAACUACUGCGACAGAUAUCCCAUUCCGUGGACUAA